GAAACAAAGAGAGAAGAUAAGAUGAGCUGUGAACAGCAGAACCGAAAACUCAUCUUCACCUACGGGACUCUCAAACGAGGCUUCCCCAACCACGGCUUAAUCGAAGCCCUGAUGCCAACAGGUGAUGCCAUUUUUCUCGGAGUUUACCGAACCGUCGAGAGAUUCCCACUCGUCUGUGGACCCUAUCGUGUUCCUUUCCUCAUCAACCUCAGCGGCCAUGGCGACCAAAUCUGGGGAGAGCUUUACGAAGUUACGGCGAAAGGGCUUGAACGGAUGGAUGAGUUGGAAGGAAUAAGUCUUGGGCACUACGAGAGGUUGCCGAUAGAGAUUUUCCCGGCGGAAGAAACCGCUGACGACGGUAUUGAGAAGAGAGUUGCAGUGACGGGCGGAGUAGAGGCGUAUUACGCCCAUCGGAGUUACGGGGAGGAGCUGUGGCGGAGCAAUGGAAAGAAAGGAUUUUGCAGAUAUUCCGAGAAAGAAGCGAGUGGGUACAUUAGGAGGACUGAGAGGGCUCAAAAUGUUACUUUUCUUGAACAGAUUCAGUUGUUCUGUUCUUCUUCUUCUCCUCCUCCAGUAACUGUUACUGUAACUGAUUGAGUUCUGUGAUCAUCGAUGAUUAUAUAAUUCAAGAACAAAUUACAAUUGGGUUCUUAA